AUGUCGGCUCCAAUGUUCGAAAGAGGUCAUGACAUGAAGUUGACUGUGGGAAGCAUCUCGGCGUAUCCGAACAAUUUAUCUGUUUGCUAUCUGGAAAGUAGGAACAUCACAUACGCGUGCGUUGUUCAGAAAACUCAGGUGCAUACAGUAAAUUGGGAUAGCAAGAACGAGAGCGUAAGUUGGGACAGUAUCAAUAUCUCAGACACAAGUACGGACAAACCUGUAAAUGUACUCCAGGCCAGUUUGGUAUUGCCAAAUGCUCGAACGUUGCCACUUUUGGUCGUUGGAACCACAAUCGGAGCUCAGAUUUUUGAUAUGCGGACUCAAAAACUUCUUGAGCAACAACUCAUCGAUACAGGGAUUAGUGAACCUGAUGAUACCUCAUUCUGGAGUAGCUUUUGUCGAGGGAUAACUUGUAACGACAACACGAUUCUUGUUGGGACAUCUAUUGGGCAUAUCAUGCAAUUCCAUUGCAGCGGUGAAACAUCUAUUACGACAAAGAAAUGGCUGAAGGAGCAUACUGCCAGUAUCAGUGAUCUAGCUACCUGUCGAUACGACGAUAUAACCUGCUCUGGUGAUAGCUCUGGAAAAAUUAAUGUAUGGAACAAAAGCAUCAAGGGCGUACAACUUAAAAUUGCCACACAGCAUCCAAUAACGGCUAUGAGUGUUUUGCGGAAGCAAGUAAUUGUUGGGACACUUCGUGGACGUGUGCUGUUCUAUUCAAUCUCAGGUGGCGAGCUAAUGGCCGAAGUUCUUGCACAUGCCCGAGCCAUUACUUGUAUUUCUGUGGCACCCGAAAGCGCGUACGUUCUUACUGGUUCAGAAGAUGGACGAUUUAUCGUGUAUAAAUUGCACACAAGGAAGCCUCAAGCCUAUCAGGUAAAGGUCCCAUAUGAGGUCCAGCUCCUUGCAGAACACGUAGGUGUGAAUCACCUGGUCGAUAGCAUACGGCGACGGCCAUGGUGGAAGGUGUAG